GGCCCUCGCUGGUGAGGUUGGUAUGAGUAGUGAGUUAGAUGAAGUUGCGAAAUCUUUAUUCAAUGGCCAGUUACCUAACAUCUGGCGCAAGCUAGCUCCUGCGACACUCAAGUCGCUUGGCGGUUGGAUGGAACAUUUUCUACAACGAUUCGACCAAUACAGCAGAUGGGUGAGUGGCUGUUUCUUUUGAAACCUUUAGAGAAAUCACCGUUAUAAAGAUUGUUUUAAUGUCAACCGUCUUAGUGUAAACACAAAACAAACUAUCCUGACGAAUAACGCGAUGUAUACUGGUAUUAGUUCUAGGAACAAAUCGUUUCUGAUAUUUGCCUGAUAGUUCAUCUAAUACCGUAUUUAUACACUAUAGACAGGUGCAUGAGUACCAGUGGCGCCGUGGGACCCAUGUUUUUUUUUUGGGGGGGGGAGGGGCAAGGGCAGUGCUUUUCCGACAAACCGAAAAAUGUUUCCGACAAACCAACUCUUAGGUCUUUCUCAACUCUUAGGUCUUGGUCACUCGAGAACAAGAGUUGCAUGAAAGUUGAUGAGAGUUGACUGGACAUUACCGCACGCAUAGCGGAAACUCUCAUCAACUCUAAUCAUAGUUUGAACCAGCUCAAAGUUGAUGAGAGUCAAUAAGAGUUGACCAGGGUUUUAUCAGGCUCAUAUACAGUAUAAUAUUUACAGGUGAGCGAAGGUGAACCAGCGGUCAUGUGGCUCUCAGGUCUACACAUCCCAGAGUCCUACCUAACAGCUUUAGUCCAAGCCACUUGCCGUAAGAAUGGCUGGCCAUUGGACAAAUCAACACUCUAUACCACUGUCACCCAAUAUGAGAAACCCGAAGACGUCAAGGAACGGUCGCAUGCGGGCUGUUUUGUCAGCGGUUUGUAUCUUGAGGGUGCUUCAUGGGACGUUGAGGCAAGUUGUCUUCGCCGUCCCAGGCCCAAGGUGCUGGUCGAGGAGUUGCCGAUUCUUAAAGUCAUUCCUAUUGAGGCUCAUAGAUUGAAACUACAGGUAUGUUUAUAGAUGGGUUUUUACAAAGCAGGAGGUCCUGAGGGGGUAAAAUUGGAAUGAAAAACUCGUACACCAUUCUAUAGACAAUUGUAGUCGGACAUUUCAGAGUUUAAAUAAUUUAGAAAAAAAAUAGGAUGGAAAAUGAUUCAGAAAAUUGUGGGCUGGGUAAUAGGAUCUAGGCGAGCGGACAAAACAAUUGCCCGACAUUGAUGGAAAUUGCCCAACAUUAUCAUGGGUUUAUCGAUAGAGGAAUAGAAGAUGCAUAGACGGAACACAUCUCCUACGCAAGGAAAUAAAAUCAAUCUUAAAACGAUAAAUAAAAAGUGUAGAACUUUUUACAAGUAUUCCUAGGACUUCAUUCUUUAGGAUACAUCGAAAACUCCUCACUUUACUGCAUGCGUUUUGAAUUUAAUGACAUGACAAAAUACAUUACACCGAGGCGAAAAGGCCCACUAAAAAUUGCCCGAUUUUUUUGUAGAAUCUACCCGACUAUACACUAACGCAUAGGCCUGCAGCCCCUAGCCUCCAUGUCUUGUGGAGGACUCUCUAUUAAUCAUAUUCAUUCGUACAGUUUCUCUGUAAAUGUUUAGUUAAUUAAAGCCAUGUUUACAUAUGAUCGUAACGGUCGUAAAGAUUGAGUCACGAUCUUUCUCAUCAGCCGAAAUACAACAUUUUGGAACUGAUACGCGGAGUGAUUAUAACUAGAGAAUACUUAUGAUUUAUAUGUGGUUUACAGGUAUAAACUAUUAUAAACUGGUCGUUGAGAAAGACCGUGACUCUAUUUUACGACCAUUACGCACACAUGGAAACCAGGGUUGAGAUAACACCACCGUAGUUAACGAUUCACAACGAUUCAUACUUUCUGCUUAUUCUCUUUAUUUCAGCACACUUUCCAAACACCAGUGUACACGACCUCUCAGCGUCGUAACGCAAUGGGCGUUGGUCUAACAUUUGAGGCAGACCUAGCAACAAGAGAACACAUCUCACAUUGGGUACUACAAGGCGUUUGUCUUACUUUAAACGCUGACUAACUUUGUAAAUAAUGUUUAAUAUACUUUUCGGAUAUUUUAACAUUUAAUAUAAAAAUCAUAAUAUUUAUUUUUAUUGGGAAAAAUGUAAUUUGUUUAAAACAUUUUGUAGAAUUUGCUGGCCGAUUUCCCAUGUUCAUAGAUGUAAGCCAUUGUAAAUGAGUUCAAAUGAAA